AUCGAAAGUGAUCGAUAAACGCAGCCCGUGAAUCACGUUUGGGUGGAUAGAGAUCGGCGUGCAUCCGUUCGCUGCGUGCACCGCUCAAAUCUAACAGCUCCCGCGUGCAGCAGUGCGUUGACCGCUCAAGGCUACGAGCUCGACACGCCGCGUGCAGCAAUAAACAGCGCGAAGCAAUGGCAGCCCUCACGGACGCCGCGGACGCCGCCUUCGAGGCCGCCGCCGAGGUGGCGCGCAGCCUCACGCCGUCGACGGACGACCGGUUAAGACUCUACGGCCUCUACAAGCAGGGCACCUGCGGCGCCGUGACGACGGGCCGGCCCUACGUCUGGGACGUCGCCGGCCGCGCGAAGUGGGACGCGUGGCACGGCCACGGCGACAUGAAACGAGCGGACGCGCGGCGGCGCUACGUCUCGCUCGUGGCCGAGCUGGCCGAUAACGGCAGCAAUGACGGAGGCGACGCCGCCGAGGCGCAGGCGGCGCAGUCCAUCGCCGGCGCGCGCGUGUCGACGAUGGCAUGCGAGAGUAGUGGUGGUGGCGACGACGACGCGCCUCCGUUGGUCCGCCUCGCCGAACGCGGCGACGUCGCGGGCGUCCGCGCCGCCCUGAAAGGCGGCGCGGCCGUGGACGCCUGCGAUGGAGAUGGGCGGGCGGCGCUGCACUGGGCGGCGGAUUGUGGUUCCGUCGAGUGCUGCCGCAUUUUGUUAGAAGCGGGGGCGUGCGUCGAUUUGAGGGAUGGCGACGGCCUGACACCGCUGGCUUAUGCUGUUAUUUGUGACCGCGGCGAUGUGGUUGAUCUGUUGGUGGCCAAUGGCGCGGACGCGGACAUCGCCGACAACGACGGCGAGACGCCGCGGGCGAGCGCGUCUGAUGAGGCGAUGCGGCGGCGGCUCGAGAGGUAGUGUAGUAGAGUAAAACUGUUGGUAAUG